AUGGGCAAGUCUCUCAUGGACAAGAUUCAAGCCAAGCUGGAGCUCUUCCGUCUUGAGCAACGCUACACCCGCCGCCGUCACAGACGUUCCACCUUUGUCUCCAACGCUGUCUACGUCGAUGGCGAGUACGUUUACCAGACUCCCAACAGCACCGGCUCUUCCUCUGGUUCUGGUUCCUCCGGCGGCAUCGACGCUCUCCAUGGCGACAAGGCUAAUGUCAGCCCCAUGGCCUCACCAUCCACCGUCGUCAUUGAGGAGCACCACUUCCCUUCAGAGCCUCAGCACCAGCAGCCUCAACAACAACCAAUGGCUACUGCCGAGCGCAAGCGUCUGAACCGCUUCAGCUCCAUCCCUCAAUUUGGCGGCUCCAAGAGCAUGACCAUGCCCAGUGUCAAGGAGCGAAGGACCAGCAUGAUCCGAUGA